AUGCCGCAGUUGCAGUCGACGUCACCGUCGUUGUCGUCAUCGUCGUCGUCGGUCGUCAGCGCUGACGCCACAACAGCAACAACAACAGCAACACAACAACAGCAACAGUCGCAAUUGUCUCCGCCUAAACCGAGCCGGUUGAGCGCCGCACCCAAACCCAAACUGCACGACGGCGAGGCGUGGAUGGCCAAGCGCAAAGUGGCUUCCGAGGGAGGCGGGCCAGCAGCCGGACGUAAAGACACGAUGAAGGACGUUUCCCGUCAUUGGCUCAUCCAGGAGGCGGAACAGAGGCGCAUCGACGCCAUGCAGGAGCGCCAACGCAACUAUUCACCUCUGUCGUCGGCCUCUUCCUCGCUGCAAUUGACUCCGCCCGUCCGUCCGCUUCAGCCGCCGCCGCCGCCAACAACUCAAAACCACCAGCAAUCGAAUUCGCUCAGCAGCAGCAGCAACAGCAACGCCAACGCCAACGCCAACGGUUUAAUGGCGGGCAUAUCAGACGGCAGCCACUGGAUGUCGCGCUCGUCGUCGUCGACGUCGGUCGACAAGAUGUCCGACUUGCGCCUGCUGGGCGCCAACAGCAAAGGCAUGGAUCACUCGUUCCGUUCGACGUCCAGUCUCGGCUCGUCGCCUACGCCUCGUCCGCUCUACGUCAAUCAGGAGGAGAUUUUGGAGUACGCCGACUUCACCGGCGCGCCGCACACGGCGCCACCUGUGUGGCAGGUGCGUUCGCUCGUCUCCUCCGGCUCUAUGGAUCAGCUGCAGAGCAUCCACCAUCACGUUCACGGCAGUGCGCAGUUGGCGCCGUGCAGGCCGGCAAAGAGCCAAUCGCAGACGCUGCCCCUGUCGUCGUCUGCUUCUUGCUCGGCCAUGCAGCAGUUCAGCGGCAGUGCGGCUCAGACGCAACCCUCCUGGCGAUCCACCCAUCCGCCUGAAACGCAAAAGGAGCCCAUCGCUCCACUACCCCAUUCGGUGAUAACGACGUUGACGCAAAGGAUGACGCAGAGGAGCAACAAUAACAACAACAAUGUCAAUUAUGGCGACUACAUGAACGUUCAGGAAGCGACGAUGGCUCAACAGCUACAGCAGCAACAGCAACAGCAACAGUCGGCUGUCGGAUCGACAACGCGGGCCGGACCGCAAGUACCCGCCCAUAAGCCGGCCAAUUACAGACACCCGUCCGUGGUGGGACCCAGUCAUUCUGCUCCCGUUCAUUCUUCUUCCGCCGCCGCCGCCGCCACCGCCGCCGUCAGUAGCAUCAGCGUCCACCAGUCGCAACAGCAGAGCAACAACGAUCGCAUGCUCAGCGUCAGCGGCAAGAAAAAGUGCUCCCUCUGUCAAGAAGAAUUAGGUCGAGGUGCGGCCAUGAUCAUCGAAAGUCUGCGUCUCUUUUAUCACAUCAACUGCUUUCGUUGCUGCGUCUGCGGCAUCGCCCUGGGCAACGGCACGGCCGGCACCGACGUCCGAGUGCGCAACAACAAUCUUCACUGUCACGACUGCUACUCCAACGAUGACGGUCUCAAGUUCAGCAAAGUGUGAGCAGCGGCGUCCAUACUU